AUGUCAACUAGCAGCUCGCGCCGACCCCGACAGCCGCCGCGGCCGCGCAAGCCGCCCACCGCCGCGCAGAGAGAGCGCGGCGACACCCGCCUCUACAACCCGGCUGCCGACUGCCCUCCUCUCCAACUGCGAACUAGCGGAGGCGAGGCAGCGGCGGCGCUGCGAAGCGAGCUGUGUCCACUGCUCCUGGCAAAGGGGCGCAACCACAGCUCAGUUCGCUUCGAACCUCAGCUGAGGUGGCCGCUGCCGCGCAGCAGCUGGGCCCCGAUGUGCCACAAGCGACCAGGAUUCUACGGCCUCUGCUUCGCGGGCGUGCCGCGCGCUUCCACCCUCUUUCUAGCACGCGCGCUCGGAAACUCCUUCUCGCAGUACUUUAUGGUGCGGGGCAUCGCUGCAGUGGCGAGACUGCCCUUUCUCGACCCGCGGCCAGGCUUCUGCAAGAGGCGCCUCAUCCCGGAUGACCAAGGCGUCUGA